AUGGACCUUUAUGGGUUAGAGAUGUGGAACUCCACAUUUGAUGACUGCUGUCAGUGGAGACUAGUCCACUGUACUUUGCAAAAAGUGACUCAUCUUCACUUGUCUGAUCUCAUUCCCUCACUAGACUUGAAACCUGUAGUGACAUCUGAUGUUUUAGCCCCACUCUUUCACUUGCAAACCCUCAUUUCGCUCGACAUUUCUUAUAAUAAUAUACAUGGUGUAAUCCCGGGAGUUGGGUUUACCAAUUUAAGUAACCUUGUAUCACUUGAUAUGCAAGGAAAUAGUUUCAACGGCUCCAUUCCUCCCUCUUUGUUUUCUUUAAGGCAUCUGGAGGAACUCGACAUGAGUUAUAAUUUGAUUGAAGGGACAUUAGGCACCAACUUCGGAAAUCUUUCCAACUUGAAGCGGCUCUACUUGGAUAAUAACUCAAUCCAUGGAGAGAUUCCAGCGCAGAUUGGAAACCUCACUAAUUUGCAGUGGCUUUCACUAUCUAAUAACAAAAUUUCUGGAGCAAUUCCACCGUCACUAUCACAUUUGAAAAGUUUAGCUCAUUUGAAUUUGGGACAAAAUUUUCUCACCAUGGACUUACCAACAGAGAUUGGCAACCUCUCCAACAUAAGAUCGCUGUUGUUAUAUAACAACAAUUUGUCUGGAGAGAUCCCUCCAUCAAUUCAAAAGAUGGAACAAUUACAAAAGCUUGAUUUAGAAAAUAAUCUGAUCGCUGGUGAGAUCCCAACAUGGUUGUUCGAUUUCAACUACCUCUUAGACUUGAAUCUUGGGGAGAACAGACUUGCUUUGAAAAAUGCGAGAAUAGCACCAAGGCGCAUGUUAAUGCAUCUAUCAUUGAGAUCUUGCAAUCUUUCAGGGCAAAUUCCCAUUUGGAUUUCCAACCAGACCGAGCUUGCCUUCUUGGACUUGAGUGACAAUAACCUUGAAGGAACUUUCCCUAGAUUAUUACCAGAUACUAUAGAUCAAGCCAUUGAAAUGAGGAUACUCAUGUUGUCAGGGAACAAUUUCUCUGGACCAAUUCCUGCAUCCAUCUCAAAUAAUCUUAAACUUGUGUUGCUGGAUUUGUCAAGCAAUAGAUUUUCAGGCAAUAAAUUUCCAGUGUUUAAUCCAAUUUCAUCAUUUCUUUAUAUUGAUCUUUCUUCCAACAAACUAUCUGGUCAGGUUCCUACGACUUUUCCUUUGGGCAUAAAAGUGCUUGUGUUAAGCCAAAAUGAGUUUUCUCAUGUCUUGCCUCAAAAUCUCUCAAAUUUGAACCAGUUGGAAUAUCUUGAUCUCCAUAGCAACAACAUUGGAGGUGAAAUUCCUAAUAGUUUUGGUGGGUUGAAAAAUUUGAAGUCACUGAACUUAUCACAAAACAAACUCUCUGGAAGAAUACCUUUGAGUUUUGGUGGUUUGCAAAGCUUAGAAAGCUUAGAUUUAUCACACAACAAUCUAUUUGGUGAAAUUCUAUACACAUUGGCAAAUCUCUUUGAGCUGAGUUACUUAGACUUGAGUAACAAUAAACUAGAGGGUCGCAUACCAAGUGGUCCUCAAAUGGAUCGGAUGAACGAUCCAAAUUCUUUUUCCAACAACAGUGAAUUAUGUGGAAUGCAAAUCAAAGUAUCAUGUGAGAAAGUUCCUUCUAAACCAGAGCUGAAAGAGGAAAAGACCAAGAAAAGCAAGAGUUGGGAGACAUGGUUUUCAUGGGAAAUGGCAGUGAUUGGAUAUCCCUCUGGAUUUUUGUCAACAGUUUUAGUUAUGUAUGUCAUUGGCUACUUUAAUAUUACACCGUAG